AUCUUUAUUUUACUUUCUAUACAAAGUGUAGAGUAAUUAAAUUGUUAACAGGUAAAUUCUUUGAAAGGCAAAACCCUAUCAAGAUAAAAGGCGAACUGUAAGUGGCGCGAAACAUUGUAAAUAACCAAGAUGGCCGCGCCCAUUGAAAAUAAAAGAGUGAGGCAUUCUGAUGACGGAGCUAAUGAAGACAGGAAAAAGAGACAAAAACAUGACCAAGAUUAUUUUAAGAGCUAUGCCGGUAUUUGUGUACACGAGGAGAUGUUAAGUGACACUGUGAGAACAAAUGCAUACAGAUAUGCAAUAUUGAAGAACUACGAGAAAAUUCGAGGGAAAGUUGUUGCAGAUAUUGGUGCUGGAACCGGUAUUUUGUCAGUAUUCUGUGUUCAAGCUGGUGCUAAAAAAGUAUAUGCAAUAGAGGCUAGUGAUAUGGCGAAACAAACUCAGGCAAUUGUAGACGAAAACAAAAUGUCAGACAGAAUUGAGGUAGUUCACAACACUGUUGAGAAAGUAAUAUUUCCUGAGAAACUAGAUGUUCUAGUUAGUGAAUGGAUGGGAUAUUGCUUGUUUUAUGAGUCAAUGUUGCCUUGUGUGUUACAGUGCCGCGAUAAAUGGCUGAAAAAGGAUGGCGUUAUGCUUCCAUCAUUGGCUAGUUUAUACAUUGCUCCAUUUACAGACACCGACUAUGAUAACAGGCUUGAUUUUUGGUCGGAGAUUCGCUCUGUGUACAAGUUAUCGAUGGAAUGUAUGAAACCAUAUGCCCGCAAAUGCAUAUCAAAACAGGUUCAUAUUAAUAAUAUUUCCCCUGAAAGUGUCCAGGCACAUGCUGUACAAGUCUGUCGACUGAAUCUUAAUUCAGCAACUAAAGAUGACCUUCAGAACGUAAAGAAAGAGUUUACAUUCCAUUGUUUUGGUCAAUCUACCAUACAUGGUUUUACUACAUGGUUUGAUGUUGGAUUUCCUGAAAGUAUAUUCUUGAUUCUGUAG